UCCUCUCCUCUCGUCCUCCUCUCAUCUCCUCUUCCUCCCCCUCACAGCGAGAGUCGGUGGCCGUGGAGCGGCUCUCUCUCCCCCGUCAUGCUGCCCUGGAGGAGGAACAAGUUUGUCCUGGUGGAGGAGGAUGCAAGCACUAAAGGGAAGAGCUUCAGCUACAGCUCCAUCCUGUCCUCGCUGCUGCGCUCCUGCCCCGACCUGCUGCCCGCCGCCCCCCCACCCUGGGUGGGCAGCUUCUUCCACAGCAAGCGGCAGAAGGUGGAGCUGAACAAGGAGGAGCCAGUGUACACCGUGAGAUACCUGGGCAGCGUGGUCACCAUCACGGCGAAGGGCGAGGGCUGCACCCAGGAGGCGGUGGCCAGGAUCUGGACGAGGAGUAACUUCGGGGAGCAGAGCGUGAAGAUGCGUCUGAGCGUCGGUCCUCAGGGCCUCCGCAUGAGCGCCGACAAGGCAGGAAAGAAGAAGCCGGUUCACUUGUACUCACUGAGCCGCAUCACCCACUGUGCCGCCGACCCAGCCCGGCCCAAGAUCCUGGCCUGGGUGUACCGGCACCAGGUGAAGAACAUGGCGGUAGUGCUGCGCUGCCACGCCGUACUGCUCAGCCGGCCGGAGAAGGCGGCAGACGUCGCCUGCAGCCUCUACAGGAACGCCACCUCCGCCUUCAGCGAGUUCAAGCGGCUGAAGCGGCAGAGCGACCAUCGGCACGUCCAGCAGCAGCUGCUGGGUGGAGGGGGCGCCGUGCCGCUCAUGCCUAUCCGCAGGAUCCUGAAUGGGCAGUGCCACUACAGGCCGCCGGCCGACAGCCUGGGGAGCAUCACCCGGCUCUGCUCCAUCACCGAGGAGGAGGAGGAGGAGGAGGAGGAGGAGGAGGAGGAGGAGGAGGAGGAGGAGGAGGAGCGGGAGAGGCAGGUGUUCACUACCAGCACCGACCCCACCCAGCUCCUCUCCCAGCUGGACCUCGGGGACAUCGCCCGGCUGGAGCAGUGCCAGAUCAACUUUGUGAGCGACAACAACAACAACACGUUUACCUUCAUCACCUCGCUGGUGUGAGAGACUCCUCCUCCUCCUCCUCUCCUGACGUGACCUUCUCCUAUAAGGAACUCCUCUCAGGAUGUAACCUCAAAGUUUUCAAACCCCGCUGCAGAAGGACAUGCGCAGAAUAUUUCUGAAGCUGUUGGAUCUGCAGUUUAUGCGGCGGCGUGUUGACCUGCAGCAGUUGUGUGUUGAUGCUUGUUGACCUGCAGCAGCUGCAUGUUGACCAGUUGCGUGUUGACCUGCAGCAGCCGCAUGUUGACCAGUCGCGUGUUGACCUGCAGCAGCUGUGUGUUGAUGUGUGUCGACUUGCAGCAGCUGCAUGUUGACCAGUUGCGUGUUGACCUGCAGCAGCCGCAUGUUGACCAGUCGCGUGUUGACCUGCAGCAGCUGCGUGUUGAUGCGUGUCGACUUGCAGCAGUUGCAUGUUGACCUGCAGCUGCUGCGUGUGGACCUGCAGCAGUUGUGUGUUGAUGCUUGUUGAACUGCAGCAGCAGUGUGUUGACCAGUUCCGUGUUGAUGCGUGCAGACCUGCAGCAGCUGUGUGUUGAUGCUUGUUGAACUGCAGCAGCAGCGUGUUGGCCAGUUGCGUGUUGACCUGCAGCAGCUGCGUGUUGAUGCGUGUCGACUUGCAGCAGUUGGAUGUUGAGCUGCAGCAGCUGCGUGUUGAUGCGUGCAGACCUGCAGCAGCUGUGUGUUGAUGCUUGUUGAACUGCAGCAGCAGUGUGUUGACCAGUUGCGUGUUGACCUGCAGCAGCUGCGUGUUGAUGCGUGUCGACUUGCAGCAGCCGCAUGUUGACCUGCAGCAGCUGCAUGUUGACCUGCAGCAGCAGCAGCGUGUUGAUGCGUGUUACACUGCAGCAGCUGCGUGUUGACCUGCAGCAGCAGCGUGUUGA